AUGAAGGAUUCGAGGAGGACGGGAGGCCGCGAGCCAGCAGAACGGAAAAGCCCCGGGAGCGGGCGGCGCUGCGAUGCCCGCGGCGGGCGGGAGCUGGCGGGGCGCUCCGGUCAGCGCCGUGAGCUGCACGCGGCACCGAGGCACGGGGUGACUCGAAAUCACCGAGCCGUAGGAACGGAGCUCAGGAACGGAGCUCGGCUCUGUGACUUCGGUGGAGAAAGGGCUUCUAACAGAAGCUGGGGAGAAAACCCACUCCCAAAAAGUCAGUCAUUGUCAUCCUGCUCUACUGCUGUGCUGGGAAUCGCGUUCAGAAAUGGGCUGUGCUUUUUCACCAGGUCUCGUGGUGGUGGCCUUGGUUCUCGCAAACAGAAAGAGCUGCCAACAGAGCCCCCCUUCACAGCCUAUGUGGGAAAUCUCCCCUUCAACACUGUUCAAGGAGACAUAGAUGCCAUCUUCAAGGAUCUCAGCGUAAGGAGUGUACGACUAGUCAGAGACAAGGAAACAGAUAAAUUUAAAGGAUUUUGUUACGUAGAGUUUGAUGAAGUGGAGUCACUCAAGGAAGCUCUUACAUAUGAUGGUGCACUUUUGGGUGACCGAUCACUCCGAGUGGACAUAGCAGAAGGCAGAAAACAGGAUAAAGGUGGCUUUGGUUUCAGAAAAGGCGGACCUGAUGACAGAGGAAUGGGAGGAGGUUCCAGAGAAUCCAGAGGAGGUGGAUGGGAUUCCAGAGAUGACUUCGGUUCUGGAUUCAAAGAUGAUGAUUUCUUGGGAGGCCGGGGUAGAGGAACUCGCCCUGGAGACCGACGGCCACCAGGUGCCUUAAUGGGAACUGGUGGCACUGGUCGUUUCCGAGAUGGGCCUCCCCUUCGUGGAUCUUCCAUGGACUUCAGAGAGCCAACAGAAGAGGAAAGAGCGCAGCGGCCCCGACUUCAGCUCAAACCUCGAACAGUUGGUACUCCCCUCAAUCAAGUAGCCAACCCAAAUUCUGCUAUCUUUGGUGGAGCCAAGCCCCGAGAGGAAGUAGUAAAGGAGCACGACUGAGCUUGGUGUUGAGAGGGAAUGGGGAGGCGGGAGAAAACGCAAGACAGUACAGAGUGACUAGCUCUGCUGGAAUGUCAACCCUGCAGUUUACCAUUCCUGCCAUCUGGCAUUUGUCCUCUUUGAAACCGAAAACACAGAGCUUGUGAAUGCAUGUCAGCUGUUAACAAGUGGUUUUUAGUAUGUUCUUGGCUUUGCUGUAUCUAGUGCCUGCUUUGUGCUGAGUUUCCUCUUCUGUUUCCUUCCAAGCAGCACAGUUGCCAGUAGAUAAGGCGGUGUGGCUGCUUCCACGAGUGUGGAGGUCUAUGGACAAAGGUGCUGCUUCACUUCCUCCUUUCUGGGUUUAUUUUACUUUAGAAGCACAGGUUAGACUUAGUUAUUACCCUGUAUUGUUUCCUUUCACUUCCUCAGUGCUCCUCUUCUGACCCGCAUGUCUUGUUCUGUAUUGCUGUGGCUCUGAAGAGGAAAACUGGAGAGUCCAGAUGAGUUGAACUGAAUAAUUUACAGUUCUAACCAUGUGGUGAAAUACCAUUUAGGAUAAUUGAUGAGUAGUUGUGUAGAGCAGAGCCCCUUAUAAAACUAAGGCGGUAGCUGCCCUUUCUCACAGGUUACCUGGAAGUAUCAAUAGCUGCAAAUAAAGUUGGCUGACAAGCCUGGCAAAUAGGUGAAAUCAGUAUGGAUAAAGCACCUGCCAGCAGAGUGCUGCUGAUUGUUUUUUGUAGACUUCAAAAUGGUAUGAUACUGCACUCCUGAGCUUGAGGUUAGUGCUGCAAAACUGUGCCUGCUUGAGCACAGCUGCUCACUGGCUUUUUCUGCUUACAUUUCUUUAGGUUUUACAUGUUUGGUAAGUUUUUAAAUGAAGUUUCUACAGGUAAAAUUGACUUUUUUAUUUUUCUUUAUGGAGUAUAUACUUUGCCAUGCAGUAUGUAAUUGCCAUUAUCCCCUGUAUUUCUUUGCCCAGUGGUGUACAGUUUUAAGACCUCUGCUUCCACAAUACCAUUAAAAUGGGCAGAUUAGAAAUAGUUAUGCUAUAGAUUCUCUUCAUGUAGAAGUUUGGGUGAAAAGCAUUUCUAAUUGCUUCAUCUCUCUGAACUUGAAGUGUUUCUUGCAGUUGUUGGGUGUUCUGUGUGGGAGGAGGGAGGGGGAAGCUGGCGCUAAGGGGGAGAGAGCACAUUAUGUUUGAAAACAAAAUCUGGAUCUAUAACACUGAAGUAUGGAUACAUCCAAUGCAUGAGAAACGUGGGCCCCUAAUACCAGUGCUGACAGCUUUCAGAUAAAACAAUCAGCACACCAAAGUUCUUGGAAGCAUGGCUGCUUCACUACCAGCAUUGCUGCUAGUGGUGAAUUUCUUCUCUAAAGUUACUUUGUAAUGUCAGAGUCCCAGCAACUCACAGAACUACUCUUUCCUUCCUUCUGCCUGUCACUUAAUCUGCUUCUGAGAUAAGAACCAUUUGUCUAACACUAAUAAUUUAAGACAGACAUGCAUUUGUGUGGUUGUAUUCCAAACCAAUUAGUGACCUAUUUACAUCUUCAAUGUGGAAAAGAUUUUAAGAACAAACUCCCAUAUAAAAUUCACCUCUAGUCAAGACAGUUGACUUUUAAA